GCGACCUCACGCAGGUCCGCGUAUAAACACCAUAGAAUUUCCCGUAGAUCUGGUCGCGUCCGUUCUCGUAUAAUAUUACACACACAUUCACGUACCUAGACGCACGCAUAUUAUUAUCGAAUAUAUACGCGCCGACGAAGACGACCUCCACGUAUUGUUCCAAAUACCUGAGAGACUGACCGAUCGACGAGUGGUUUCGCGUAGUUUUUUUUUAUUUCGCGUCUCCUCCGGGGAGUCCGCGCGGCCCGACGACGAUAAUGCCGGCGUCGUCGCCGUCGUCGCGGUUGUGGUGCCAGCAGCAGUGCGUCGCGAAAGACCCGCGGGACGAUACGCGGCAAACACCUGUAGCGUGGUGGCGCCGCGUUUGAAAUUCCGGUGAGGCAGGCGCCAUUUUUUUUUCUCGAACGAGAACGUUUUUUUUCUUUACGCGUGUGCGUGUAUAUAACGAUGGACGACAGUUGGGAGCAGCACGUUUCUCCCUUGAUGAUGGGCGUCGGUAUCGAGAUGCAUCAUCACCAAGGGGCCGUCGCGACGCAGGGAGACAUGGGGCUGGCGGCGCACGAAGUGCAGGACCUGGGGGAUGAAAUUAGCGGGCACGACGCCCAGCAGCACCUUGGGAACCACGUAGCAGAUUAUUAUCAGCACCAGUUGCUGGUUUCCGGCCAGCCCACAACAAACGCCGGCUCGUCCCCUGCUUCCGGUGGCGGUUCCCUGAGUCCGGGCGGUUCGGCCGGUCUUCCCGGAGCAUUGUCGCCCGGCGGCACCUCCUCGACGGGCCCCACCCAGUGCUGCGAGUCCGGACGCCCUCUAGUAACAGACCCCGUGACCGGUCAGAGCGUCUGUUCUUGCCAGUACGAUUCUGCCAGGCUGGCCGCGUUGCAGUACCCGCGCGGGGUGGGUGUCUACGGUACCCCGUACCCUUCUACCGACCAGAACCCUUAUCCUAGCAUAGGCGUCGACAGUUCGGCAUUUUAUUCGCCUCUGAGCAAUCCCUACAGUUUGAAAGAUGCCAGCGGCGCGACGGACAUGUCCGCGUGGACCAGCGCCGGUCUCCAACCGACCACCGGGUAUUACCCGUACGAUCCCACCCUAGCGGCCUACGGGUACGGUGCGGGGUACGACCUGGCGGCGCGACGGAAGAACGCCACCAGAGAGUCGACCGCCACCCUCAAAGCGUGGCUCAAUGAACACAAAAAGAAUCCGUACCCGACCAAAGGGGAGAAGAUCAUGCUCGCCAUCAUCACCAAAAUGACCCUUACCCAGGUGUCGACGUGGUUCGCGAACGCGAGACGACGGCUGAAAAAAGAGAACAAAAUGACGUGGGAGCCCAAAAAUAAAACCGACGACGACGACGACGCCCUGGUGUCGGACGGCGACGACAAAGACAAAGAGGACGACGAUAAGCGAGAAGACGCAGAUAUACACGGCAGGAUAAAGUCGGAAAGGUCCAACAAAGACCUCGACGACGACGAUAUGACGGACGAGGAUCGCAAGGAUGACAUCCUUGGUGCCAACAUGCACCACAUCUUGGGCAACGGGUUCAACAUGAAACCCGAGAUGAAAUCCUCGGAUUGCGGCGUACCUCUUCCUCCCUCCAAGCCCAAAAUCUGGUCGUUGGCGGACACGGCGGCCUGCAAAACGCCGCCGCCACCGCCGCCAUCGCAGCAGUGGUUAGGCAGCAGUAACGGGUUCGCCUUGCCUAGCUCACGGUAUUCGAACAACGGGGGCUUCCUCCCCAGCCACUGCCAGCAAGGGUUUCCCGACGUCCAGACGGACACGCCUCCGCAGACGCCGCCCAACAUGAAACUACCCACGGUUACGGGUAACUUGGUGCCCGGACAGGGAGGCCCGUGCAUAGGCAACUCUAACGGAGCGUACUCCCAAUCGUCGGGCAGUUUUCUGGGUGGUUUCGGAAGGAUGCAAAGCCCUCAAAGGCAGCAACAGAACCAGGGCGGCCAGAUGGCCGCCACCUCGACGGAUAACGCGGCGUUCAAACCCUUCUACAAGAGCUCGCCGGGUCUGAAUGGAGGAUACGUGUCGCCCGUUUGAAAUAUUUCCAGCUGAUAAAACGAUGUAGCAGCAGCAAUAACGGGACAAAGUGCAAAACCAAUAUACGUCACCGGAUGUGAUAGCCGUUGCAAGUGCGCGCGCGCGCAGAUCAAAUCUGCGCACGUCGAAAAAAACUGUUGCGUGUUUGUGUAAAAUGCAUUUAAUUUAUCUGUGAUACUGAACAAAACCGAGGAAAAAAAAACAAAAUGCAUCGGAGGCGGCGGCGCGACCACAGUGCGUACGAGGGGAGGGGCGCUUUCGUUUUUUUUUUUGGCCGACAACGGGUAGUAGUUGCGCACGCAGAGUUUGUCGUUUGUAGGAGCAUUUCGUUCGUUUCGAACAAUCUUCACGAUCCUCUUAAACCUAAUAUACCUAACUAGCCGGAUGUUUUUUCAGAUUUCACCAUGUAAUAUUUUCAAUUAUUAUUGUUGCGUUCAGUUAGACGAAUUUGUUAUGUAUAAAGUUUUACCGACGUCAGUGAACUUGUAAGAUUUAUCAUUAUUAUUAUUAUUAUUACUUCUAUUGUGUAAUAUUACGAGAACUAACAUUAUUAUUUUUGUUGGCUUUUUAUUCGAAGCCCGAAUGUUGUAAAUGAUUUCUAUCUCCUGUUUUUCUGUAAAUAGUUGAAUGUAUAGAAGGAUAUUAUUACGAUUAUUAUGAUUGUCUUUAUUGAAAUAAUUAAC